AAGCCCUGCAAAGAGACCCAAUUUAGUCAAAACAGACCCCCAAAUCCCAAACCCAAAACCUAAAACCCUGAAAAAUCUCAGUCGCCAUUGAAGUGGGGAAGAAGAAGGGAAUGAACAGAGCAAAGCACUCGAUUCGCGAUUGAGGCCCGUCGCCGUUCGAUUGAAGCCAUCAAUGUUCGCUGCGAGGAAGCUCAAUAGGCAUUGCUUCAAGUCCGUCUCUUCUCUCCUCCAAUUCAAUCCCCCCAAAAAUGCCUUGUUGUUAAGAGAUGUCUCGGCGAAGGUUUUAUCAAGCAAUGCAGUUCAGCCAAGUAAACCGAGUGAAGAUUGUUACUCUUCUUCAUCUAGACCAGCCAAUCCCUUCGAUGGGUGGUCUAGGUCAAUGUCGACAUCUAGAGGGAGUAGUAGCAUGAGGAGCAAAGUUGCUAAGCGGAUGCAAAAGGAGUCUGGUAAGACUCUAAGAGAGGUUCGCAGAGCGAAAAAGCUUCAAAAGAAGCUGAUGACCGAAAAUGAGAGGCUCAUUUACAACCUCAAAAGAGCCAAGAGGAAAGUGGCAUUGCUACUACAAAAGCUGAAAAAAUACGAGCUUCCAGAUCUGCCAGCACCCCGUCAUGAUCCUGAGCUAUUAACCCUCGAGCAGCUUCAGGCAUUGAAAAAGAUUGGCUUCAAAAAUAAAAAUUAUGUUCCCGUCGGUGUUCGUGGGGUCUUUGGAGGAGUUGUCCAGAAUAUGCAUCUACACUGGAAGUUUCACGAGACUGUACAAGUUUGUUGUGAUAACUUCCCCAAAGAAAAGAUUAAGGAAAUGGCGACUAUGCUUGCGAGACUGAGUGGUGGUAUAGUGGUAAACAUACAUAAUACUAAAACAAUCAUCAUGUUUCGCGGAAGAAAUUACCGGCAGCCCAAAAAUUUAAUACCUUUCAAUACCCUUACAAAAAGGAAGGCAUUAUUCAAGGCAAGAUUUGAACAAGCCCUCGAAUCUCAGAAGCUAAACAUAAAGAAGAUAGAACAGCAGCUCCGCCGAAGUGGUGUUAAUCCUGAGGAUCCAGUUGCUAUUGCGAGCAUCCAGAGAGUAGCUUCCUCAUUCUUUAAUGCAAUUGAUCAGAAGGACGGAAGUCCUUAUGUCUUCCAGGGAGACAAACCAUCAGUAGCAGAGCAUGAUAAUAAAUUGAAACAUCCAGAGCCUCCUGAUGAGGAAGAGGAGGAGGAGUUGGACAAAUUCAUAGCUGAAAUUGAGGAUGCAGCAGAACGAGAGUGGGCUGCGGAGGAAGCAGCUGAGAAAGAGGAGUUCACUAGAAUGAGGUAUUGGAACAGAGAAGAGUAUGGUGGGAGAUACAGGAGAUCUGAAGAACCUGAAAAUGACGAUUCUGAUGAUGAGAUCCCAAGGCCAAGGGACUGGAGGCAUAAUGGCAAGCAGAGGCCUAAUGGUGAUUACGAAGAUGACGAAGAGGAAUGGCAUUCAAAUAAUGCUGUGGGCGCUAGUGUUCUCGACAGUGAUGCUGAUGAUUCUGAUGGAACGCCUGAGAAGUUCAAGAUAUCUCCAAGAGACAGGGGGAGGCAGGAUAGGAUUGGAAGGGCCAAGAAUGAUGAACGCUUUUAUAGAAAUUCCGAAGCUAACAAUAGAAAAGUUAAUAAUAGAAAGAUUAUGGUGGACGAUGGCACUGAAUCAGAAAAUGUGCUGAGCGAUCUUGAUACUGCAAUGUGGAAAUCCGAUUCUGAGGAAGAACAUGACUCAACAGCAUCAAGAGCUGCGAACUAUGACUUCCAAAGUAGCAGUGAUGAAGAAGAGGACUUGAUGUACCUGAAGGGAGGAAAGGAGCGGGUAAAUGAUUCCGAGAGUAACACUGAUUAUUCCAACAAAGCUCGUAGCAAGUUUGAGGCAUCAAGAGUUGCAGAGGGGAGAGAUGAUAGGAUUGGCCGGGGCAACAGUGAAUAUUUCAAAAGAAAUGCUGGUGUUAGCCCAAGAAGAAAGCCAGUUGAGGAGGAUGUCAAGUCCGAGGAUAUCUCCGGUGACUCUGAAAACGAAAUAUGGGAAUUAAACGCUGCCAGUGACUCGGGAGCAUCGAAGGCAGGGAGAUUCGAUUACAACAGCAGCGACGAAGAGGAUUAUCAAGUUAGGAGGGAAGAGAAGAAAGGAAAUGGUAAUAAAAGCACAAGAACAAGGAAAGCCUUGGAUGAGGAUUGGGACAGUGAUUAGGGCUUUGCAUUUGAAGCCCAAAACCUUUAAUGGCUCGGCCUAUUAGUAAGAAGCCCAUUGGAAAGUAGCUGUAGGACCCAAACCAUAUAUUAUGUCUACAUUUUAUUUUUUUAAUUAUUUAAUAAAAAUUUAAGUUCAACAUACAUACAUA